CUGGAACUGGAUAACAAAGGUCCAUCCUUUCCUUCUCUUUCUCAUCGUCUAGAGAAGCAAAAGGGUUCACAGAGUCAGCUGAUGCUCUCAAGCUCUUAACAAUGGCUUCCCCAAUCACUUCGUCUUUCCAAACCAGCAAUUUGCGGUCGGCUUUUCUGGGCGAAAGAAAGGGUUUCAUUGUUUACAGUGCUCCUGCAAGUAAUGUUGGGUUUUUGAAGAAGACCGUGGAAUGUAAGGAAUCGAGAAUCGGGAAGCAACCGAUUGAAGUGCCGAACAAUGUGACACUGAAAUUGGAAGGUCAGGCUCUGGAAGUAAAGGGCCCUUUGGGGCAGCUCUCGAUGACUUACCCACGAGAAGUAGUGGUGGAAAAGGAGGACUCUGGAUUUCUAAGGGUCAAGAAAGCAGUGGAGACGAGAAGGGCCAAUCAAAUGCACGGCCUUUUCAGUGCCUGUUUGAAUAACUUUCUUAGGACACUUACGGACAAUAUGGUGGUGGGAGUAUCCAAAGGAUUUGAGAAGAGGCUACAGUUGAUUGGCGUUGGUUAUAGAGCGACACUAGAAGGGAGGAUUUUGGUAUUGAGUCUUGGGUUCUCCCAUCCAGUUAGGAUGAAUCUUCCUGAUGGCAUACAAGUGAAGGUGGAAGAAAACACCAGAAUCAUAGUUAGUGGAUAUGACAAGAGUGAAAUUGGUCAGUUUGCUGCUUCCAUCAGGAAAUGGAGACCCCCAGAGCCAUACAAAGGUAAGGGAGUGAAAUAUGCUGAUGAAAUUGUAAGAAGAAAGGAAGGAAAAGCAGGAAAGAAGAAGUAAUAUUUUCUUUCCCUGGUGUUUUAUUUUUAUUUUUGUAUUCUCACAUUUGUGCUUGUCAAUAUGUAUCAGAAUUAUUGAGAUUAUUGCUAGCUGUUGUUCAUUCUUCCAGUAUUCCGCUUGUUAGUCCAUUGUAGCUUGUAGCACAUGAGACUUUGAUUGUGCAAAAUGAGAGAUGAAAAUUAUGAAUACAGCCCUUCACUAUUCGCUA